AUGCCCAAGCGUGCUAAGGGUCGUUCUCAUCCUAAGGCGCCGAGUGGCCCUGCCAAUGGCAAAGGGAGCGCCUCAUCCGUGGGCAAGAGCCCGAAGUCCAUGGUUAUCAGAAUUGGAGGCUCGCGAGUUGGCAGCAGUGUUAGCCAGUUGGUGAAGGAUGUUCGUCUCAUGAUGGAGCCAGACACAGCAGUGCGACUUAAGGAACGCAAAUCGAACAGGCUAAGGGACUAUACAGUCAUGACGGGCCCUCUCGGCGUUACGCAUUUACUUCUAUUCUCCAAAUCCUCUACCGGAAACACGAAUAUGCGUCUAGCGCUCACGCCACGCGGUCCUACUCUCAACUUUAAAGUAGAAAGUUAUUCUCUCUGUCGUGACGUCGAAAAGGCGCAGAAACGCCCAAGAGGCGGUGGCCAAGAUCACAAAACACCACCUUUGCUCGUAAUGAACAACUUCAACAAGUCCGAUACCGACGAAAAUUCCAAGGUGCCGAAGCGCCUCGAAAACCUAACAACCACCAUUUUCCAGUCGCUUUUCCCGCCGAUCAACCCCCAAGCCCAGCCUCUAUCCUCUAUCCGCCGCGUGAUGCUCCUGAAUCGAGAACCCGAGGCCGAGUCAGAUGAUGAAGGUUCAUAUGUGCUUAAUCUGAGACAUUACGCGAUUACCACAAGGAAGACAGGUGUCUCUAAACGCAUCCGACGUCUGGACCCCAAAGAAGUCCGGAACAGGGAAAAGCACAAGUCCGCUGUCCCCAAUCUUGGGAAGCUAGAGGAUGCUGCAGACUACUUACUGGAUCCCUCGGCUGCGGGAUAUACGUCAGCAAGCGAAACGGAGUUGGAUACGGAUGCGGAGGUCGAAGUCGCCGGAACAACGACGAGAAAAGUAUUGACUAAACGAGAUAUGCAGCGUAUGAAAUCUGGAGAGAAGGUAGACAAGAAGACAAACGCGCCUGAAGUCGAGAAACGGGCUGUCAAGCUAGUUGAACUGGGACCCCGGUUGAGACUCCGAUUGAUCAAGGUUGAGGAUGGAUUGUGCGAGGGACGAGUGAUGUGGCACGAUUAUAUCCACAAGUCUGAAAAAGAGGUUGAUGCGUUGGAUAAGAACUGGGACAAGAAGACGAAGGAGAAGGAAGAACGAAAGAAAUUGCAGAAACAAAACGUUGAGCGCAAAAAGCAGGAGAAGGCCAAGGCUCGUGCUGAAGGCAAGGAAGUCGAGGAUGACGACGACGAAUUGGACGACGAGGAUGUUGAUAUGGACGAUGAAUGGGUAAGCGAUGACGAGGUUGACGAGAAGGAAGAUGAAGAGGAAGAGGAAGGAGACGAAUCUAUGGACGAAUGA